CUGUAAUCAAGCUUACAAAGACGUCCAGGCGGAACUGAGUGUUUGUAGAGCUCAUAUUCGGCCGGAACAUUUAUCCGUAACACACCGGCGCCGCGCUCUCGACGGAGCGUAUUCUGAAACAUGCCGAAGUUUUAUUGUGAUUACUGUGACACCUACCUCACACAUGAUUCGCCAUCGGUGAGGAAAACCCACUGCAGCGGCCGAAAACACAAAGAAAAUGUAAAAGACUAUUACCAGAAGUGGAUGGAGGAGCAGGCUCAGAGUCUGAUCGAUAAAACAACGGCUGCGUUUCAACAAGGAAAGAUUCCUCCCACGCCGUUUCCUGGUGGUCCUCCUCCUCCAGGUGGCCCUCCACGCCCAGGCAUGCUGCCCACGCCCCCUAUGGGAGGUCCUCCUAUGAUGCCCAUGAUGGGGCCUCCACCACACGGGAUGAUGCCUGGAGGACCAGGAGGCAUGAGGCCGCCGAUGGGAGGACCCAUGCAGAUGAUGCCAGGACCACCUCACAUGAUGCGUCACCCCCGACCGAUGAUGAUGCCAGUCAGGCCGGGCAUGAUGCGCCCAGACAGAUAAGAGCGAGUGGAUCUCCUCCGUUCUUUGUUUCCACGAACAGACGCGCGGCCUAGCGAGGACACCUGGUUUAACGUUUUGGGUUUUUGUCGAGACGACUUUUUAAUUUUCAAAUGUCCAUUUUCUCCAGCCUUCGAAGCUGAAGUCCCUGAAGUAAUUAUUCGUUUUUUGUAUAAUUACUUUAUUUUUCUGCUUGAAUCGUGGUAUUUAUUAAUAUUCACCUCAUUAGAAAUAAUUCCACACCCCCUUUUUAAAACUGUACUUUAAUAAACAUCGUCCUCCGUGUUAGUAUCAAGACCAAACGACCUCCUGUCACUCUGCUACGCUGCGUUUUUGAUACAAUUUUUUUAUUUGUCUUUUUGAUUUGUUUUAGGUUUUUACAUGUUUGUGUUGUAUUUCAUUGCAUCGAGAAAUAAAACAGUGAUUUCAAA